AGGAAUAACCUAUUGUUGAGCCGGCUGAAAGCUUUGGCACUCCUUUUACUUUUAUGUUCUCUACUCGGUAUUUAUCUGGCCAAGGAUGGGAUUACGAAGACCAGCCUCCUCAUAGGAAACACAUACAAAUGGAUGGGAGAGACGGGAGUUCACACAGCAGCUAUCAGAGUACAGCCCAAACAGGCGUGUAUCCAUCCGCCGAUAAAGAUCGACGACCCUUUGAUGAUGUCGUACUACAAAAAACUUCCGCCGCCCGUGUGUGAAGGCGAGGACUGGGUCUACGUCGACAACGGUACCUUGAGGUUUUCUAAAUCAGUCUUGAAGAAUUACGGGAAUUUCACCUGUGAUCAUUAUAUUUUGUACAGAAUCAACGAGAGAGAGAUCGCUUGGGGUAGUCCCUACGUCAACAUCCAAGAUGGCUACCGAAUUCCGACAGAUUUUUUUAAAGUGAAGUGCCAGUCGGAAGACAACCACACCUACGACGGCAUCCACGCCGGUGUCGCCUACACCCACGACCGCGCCAACAGACCGGAAGUGGAUUUAAGCCAGGGGCUCGACGGGCUGAGUGUUGCCAUCAUGGGCUACGAUUCCAUGUCGCGGUUGUCAUGGCUACGGCGCAUGCCUAAGACGCGGGGGUUGUUUGCUGAGCUGGGCGCCAUUGAGCUGGAAGGAUACAACGUCAUUGGUGACGGCACGACGAUCGCGCUUCUGGCUCUGCUGACGGGCAGGUAUGAAUGGGAACUGCCAGACAGCAGGAUCAACAGCCCAGUAGCGGUGCCAAUGGACGACUACCCGCUUAUUUGGUACGACAUGAAGAAAGCCGGAUACUUGACGUCGUGGGCGGAAGGUCUGUCCGGAUCCUUCACCUGGAAGCUUCUCGGCUUCAACCAGCAGCCGACAGACUUUCUCACCCGCCCUUUUUUCUACGCGAUCAAGCCAUGGAAGGAGUACAUUGAACCCUGCACGGGGUCACAGAGGACAAGUCAGGUCUGGCUCAACUACUUCCGGGACAUCUUCCUCAUGUACAGGAACAAGCGGAAGUUCCUCUUGCAUUUCUUCUCGGAGUUCAGCCAUGACAACAAUAAUAAAAUGACGGAGAUCGAUGAUGAGCUAAAAGACAGCAUACGAAUCCUGUACGACGGUGGUUACCUUGACAACACAUUGUUUAUCUUGAUGGGGGACCAUGGCGCCAGGUACGGGAAACUGCGUUCUACCUGGCAAGGUAAAAUGGAAGAGAGGCUGCCCUACUUUUCUUUCCUGUUCCCCAAAUGGUUUGAAGAGAAAUACCCCAAGGCCAUCCAAAACCUGCGGACAAACACCCAUAGACUGACCACGCCUUUUGAUAUCCACGAGACGUUGAAAGAUUUUUUACGUUUUGGUGGGACGGGGGUGGGGAAUGUCUCCAACAGAGGGAUCAGUUUGUUUAAAGAGAUUCCAUCGGAGCGGACGUGCGUGCAUGCGCAGAUAGCAUCUCAUUGGUGCGCAUGCUUGGCGUGGGAAAAAGUGUCGCACGAAGACAAAAACCUGCAAAUGGCUUUAGGCAGUGCGCUAGACACCAUCAACAACUUCACGUCCGGCUUCCGGCAAAUCUGCGCCGAGCUGGCCGUCGAAGAAAUCACGGAAGCCGUGAAACUAAAAAGCAGUCGGGCACUGCUUCAAAAAAUCAAAGACGUGACCUUGUACCAAAUAACCUUUCACACCACUCCGGGUCAUGGCCAUUUCGAGGUCACGGUGACCCACGACGUAGAGCGUAACAAGAUGGAGGUCGCCGGAAGUGAGAUAAGCCGGAUCAACAAGUAUGGCAGCGAUGCUGAUUGUAUACUGUUUAAUGGUGACAUCCGGCAGUUCUGCUACUGUAGGAGUAGCACCUAG